AUGGGCUCCGUCGAUAAAACCUCCGCCACCUUCUGGUCAAAGGCUGACAAGUACCUUAUGACAACUGGUGUACCUUUCUCCCCUGUCGUGAUCACCAAGGCCAAGGGUACUCGUCUCUAUGAUGAGAGCGGUCGAUCCAUUCUCGAUUUCACCUCCGGCCAAAUGAGCUCUCUUCUCGGCCACUCUCACCCUGAAAUCGUCGAAGUCGUCAAGCACUAUGUUUCUGAACUCGACCAUCUUCUCAGCAACAUGAUCACCCACCCCGUGGUUGAUUUGGCCGAGCGCCUUGCCCGCUUUCUUCCAGCCCCGCUCGAGAAGUCCUUCUUUUUAAAUACCGGUUCCGAAUCGACCGAGGCCGCUAUCAAAAUGGCAAAGUGCUAUACGGGCAAGUUCGAGAUUGUCGCCUUUGCCGCCAGCUACCACGGCUUAACCCAGGGCUCUGGAUCUGCUACAUACUCGGCCGGCCGUAAGAACGGAGGUCCCGUCACACCUGGCCAGCUCGCUUUCCCGUCGCCUUAUGCCUACCGUUCUCCCUUCCGGAAGCCCGAUGGGUCUUAUGACUGGGAGACUGAACUCGACUUUGCCUGGGGCAUGAUUGACCGCCAGAGCGUGGGAUCUCUUGCAGCCUUUAUCAUGGAGCCUAUCCUGUCGACUGGUGGUAUCCUGGACCUCCCAGAGGGAUACCUGCAACGUAUGUUCACCGAAUGUCGCAAGCGUGGCAUGCUCGUCAUCAUGGAUGAGGCCCAGACGGGCGUUGGACGGACCGGACAAAUGUUCGCAUUCGAAAAAGAUGGCGUUGUACCAGACAUUCUCGCUCUGUCAAAGACUCUUGGCUGUGGUCUUCCUCUCGCCUCCGUCAGCACCACUGUCGAGAUUGAGCGUGGUUGCAAGGAGGCCGGUUUCCUGUGGCUUACUACUCAUCUGAACGAUCCUCUUACGGCUGCUGUUGGUAACAAGGUACUCGAGAUUGUGGAACGCGAUAAUAUCUGUCAGCGUGCAACUGAGCGUGGUGCCCAGCUCCGUGAAGGUCUUGCCAAGCUCCAGAAGAAGUAUUGGUGCAUCGGUGAUAUUCGUGGCCGUGGCCUUCUGCAGGGUAUUGAGAUUAUCUCGGAUGCUAAGACUAAGGCUCCGGGCACUGAACUGGGUCAGCUUGUAUCUGACCGUGCCAUGGCUCGCGGCCUAUCUUGCAAUAUUGUCAAUUUGCCGGGGAUGGGUGGUGUUUUCCGACUCGCGCCUGCAGUCACCGUGACAGCUGAAGAGAUUGAAGAAGGUCUUCAAAUAUUGGAUGAAUCUUUUGGAUAUGUAUUGAAAACUAUGAGAGCUUAG